AUGGAGGCUGCCAGGAAGAGGAAGAUGCCCCAGGACACCCAGGGAGAGACCAGGGAGGACAAAUCUCUGCGGCAGAACCUUGUGGAAGAGGCCAUUUUGAGCGACGCCACGGGGCAGGAAUCCAACAGGGAGGAAAAGGCACUGAGAUCCCCCAGGAGGAGGGCCUGCAAACCCAACCUAGGGUGCUCUGAGGAGGAAAGACCCAUCCUGAGGCAGGAAGGUGGACAGAGCUUCAGCCAGGGAUCAAAGCUGGUGGCCCAUGGGCAGCUUCAUGGUGGGGAGAAGCCCUACAAGUGCUUGGAGUGUGGGAAGAGCUUCAGGCAGAGCUCACACCUGAUCAGCCACCAGAUGAUCCACACCGGGGAAUGGGCCUACGAGUGUGGGGAGUGUGGGAAGGGCCUCAGGUGCAGCUCAGAACUCGUCAGGCAUGAACUCAUCAACACUGGGGAAAAGCCCUACGAGUGUCCCCAUUGUCUGAAGAGGUUUCAGACCAGCUCCAGUCUCCUGCGCCACCAGCGGAUUCACACAGAGGAGCGGCCCUUCUGCUGCCCUGACUGCGGGAAGGGCUUCAAGCACAACUCCAACCUCAUCAGGCACCGGCGCAUCCACACUGGGGAGAGGCCCUACGAGUGUCCCCGGUGUGGGAAGAGCUUCACCCAGAGCUCCAACUUGACCAGACACCAACGAAGGCACCGGUAA